AUGGCGGCUCAGCAGAGGCGCCAGCACCGCAGCGCGCUACUACUGCUCUUCACUCUCCUGGAGACACUGCUGGGGGCCCGGGCUGGGCAGAUCCGCUAUUCCAUUCCUGAAGAACUGGAGAAAGGUUCCUUCGUAGGGAACAUCGCUAAGAACCUAGGAUUGGAGCCCUGGGAGUUGGCAGAGCGCGGAGUCCGUAUUGUCUCCAGAGGUAAGACGCAGCUUUUCGCUCUGAACUCGCAAAGCGGUAGCUUAAUCACGGCGGGCAGAAUAGACCGGGAGGAGCUCUGCGCUCAAACUGCGCGGUGUCUGGUGACUUUUAACAUCCUUGUUGAAGAUAAAAUGAAAUUUUAUCCGGUGGAAGUGGAAAUAAUAGAUAUUAAUGACAAUACACCCCAAUUCUUAUCGGAAGAAUUGGAAGUGAAAAUUCCGGAAAAUGCACCGCCAUCCUCUCGUUUUUCAUUAAUUGAAGUCUAUGACCUGGAUGUGGGAAUGAACUCACUUCAGGACUUCAAGCUUAGCUCAAAUAGUCACUUCUCAGUGGACGUGCAAAGCAAAACCAAUGGACCCAAGUACCCAGAGCUGGUGCUGGAGCGCACUCUGGACCGGGAGGAAGAGGCUAUUCACCAUCUAGUCCUUACUGCCAUGGAUGGUGGUGACCCAGUUCGCUCAGGUAUGAUGCGAAUUCAGGUAACUGUUCUAGAUGCAAAUGACAAUGCUCCAGCAUUUACAAAGCCCAUAUACCGGGUGAGUGUUACUGAAAACUUGCCAGUAGGGACACCAGUGUUGUCCGUGAAUGCCACUGACCAGGAUGAAGGAGUACAUGCAGAAUUAACUUAUUCUUUCGUUAAGAUACCUAAAAAAAUCUCACAGAUUUUCUACUUGAAUCCUUUGACUGGACAGAUAUCAACUUCUGGAGAUCUAGACUAUGAGGACUCGAGCUCCUAUGAGUUGGAUGUUGAAGCUCAGGAUAGGCCAGGUCUUCGAGACAGAGCAAAAGUCUUCAUAACUAUCUUGGAUGUAAACGAUAAUGUACCAGAAGUGGUAGUUACCUCUGGAAACAAAACAAUUGCUGAAAAUGCACCUCCAGGAACAGUAAUUGCUCUUUUUCAAGUGCAUGAUCGAGAUUCGGGACUGAAUGGUCUAGUGACAUGUUCCAUCUCCAGAAGGAUGCCAUUUGAAUUAGAAAAAUCAGUAGACAAUUAUUAUCGAUUAGUGACAAACACAGUCCUAGAUCGAGAACAAGUGUCAUUGUACAAUAUCACUGUGACAGCCACAGACAAAGGAACACCACCUCUAUCUACAGACACAUUCAUCUCCCUAACUGUGGCAGACACCAAUGACAACCCACCGGCCUUCUCCCACAUGUCCUACUCAGUCUACGUUCCUGAGAACAAUCCUAGAGGAGCCUCCAUCUUCUCAGUGACUGCCCAUGAUCCGGACAGUGAUGAGAAUGCCCAAAUCACUUACUCCCUAGCUGAGGACACCAUACAGGGGGCACCUGUAUCCUCCUAUGUCUCCAUUAACUCUGACACUGGAUCCAUAUAUGCACUGAGAGCCUUUGACUAUGAGCAGUUUCAAGACCUGCAAGUGAGAGUGACUGCACGUGACAGUGGUAAGCCACCACUGAGCAGCAAUGUAUCACUGAGCCUGUUCAUUCUAGAUCAGAAUGACAACAUACCUGAAAUCCUGUAUCCUGCCCUCCCCACUGAUGGUUCAACAGGUGUGGAGUUGGCACCCCGCUCUGCAGAACCUGGUUACCUGGUGACCAAGGUAGUGGCUGUGGACCAUGACUCAGGACAGAACGCCUGGCUAUCCUACCGCCUGCUCAAGGCUAGUGAGCCAGGACUCUUCACAGUGGGAGUGCACACCGGUGAGGUGCGAACAGCACGCGCCAUGCUGGAUAGAGACUCACUCAAGCAGAACCUUGUGGUGGCAGUCCAGGACCAUGGCCAGCCCCCUCUCUCAGCCACCAUCACGCUCACAGUGGCUGUUGCUGACAGCAUCCCGGAUGUGCUGGCCGACCUGAGCAGUCUAGAGUCUCCUACCAACCUAGAUGACUCUGGCCUCACGCUGUACCUGGUAGUGGCUGUGGCUGCUGUCUCUUGCAUCUUUCUUGCCUUUGUUAUCGUGCUGCUGGCACUUCGACUGAGGCGCUGGCACUCGAAGCAUCUUAUCCAGGAUUCAUGUGGUGGGUUGCCAAGCCUGCAAGCCUCACAUUCUGUGGAUGUGGAAGGAGUACGGACCUUCCUACAAACAUAUUCCCACCAGGUCUCCCUCACCGCAGACUCCGGAAAGAGCCACAUUAUCUUCCCUCAACCCAACUAUGCUGAUACACUCAUUAGUGCAGAGAGUUGUGGGAAAAGUGAGCCUCUUUUGAUCCAGGAAGAUUCAGGUUUCUGUAAAGAGGAAGACCCCUUUGUUCAGCACAAAGAAAAGACAGAAACAAAUCAGCUCUCUAGAUGCAACAACAGAAGGUCUCCAUCCUACCGGGUUCUGGGCUGGCACUCGGAUUCACCGGCAUCCAGAAGCACAUUUAAAGGUAGCUCCCGCAAGAUUCGCAGGACAACAAUGGCGGCUCGGCAGAGGGGCGGAGACUACAGAGGAUUCUUUCUGCUCUGCAUUCUCCUGGGGACUUUGUGGGAAGUCUGGACAGCACAUAUUCGCUAUUCCGUGCCCGAGGAGACAGACAAAGGAUCUUUUGUGGGGAACAUCGCCCAAGACCUGGCGCUGGAGCCCCGGGAGUUGGCGGAGCGCGGAGUUCGCAUAGUCUCCAGAGAUCGGACGCAGCUUUUCACUUUGAACCCGCGAAGCGGCAGCCUGAUCACCGCGGACAGGAUAGACCGAGAGGAACUCUGUGCUCAAAGCGCGCGAUGUCUGGUGAAUUUUAACAUCCUAAUGGAAGAUAAAAUGAAUCUUUAUCCUAUUGAAGUAGAAAUAAUGGAUAUUAAUGACAACGCUCCCAGAUUCUUGACGGAAGAAAUGAAUGUAAAAAUAAUGGAGAAUACAGCUCCUGGAGUGCGCUUCCCGUUAAACGAAGCUAGAGAUCCAGAUGUAGGUAUAAACUCCCUCCAGAGCUACCAGCUCAGCUCCAAUCACCACUUCUCCCUUGUUGUGCAAACUGGAGAAGAUGGAACCAAGUACCCGGAACUGGUGCUGGAGCGGGUGCUGGACCGGGAGGAAGAGGCGAUUCACCAUCUCCUCCUCACGGCCUCUGACGGAGGUGAUCCACUUAGAUCUGGCACCGCGCGCAUCCAAGUGACAGUGGUGGAUGUGAAUGAUCACGCGCCAGUCUUCUCUCUGCCCCAGUACAGAGUGACUGUACCCGAGAAUGUCCCGGUGGGCACAACACUGCUCACAGUAAAUGCUAUAGACCUAGAUGACGGAAUCAAUGGGGAAGUGACAUAUUCUUUUCGGAAAAUAACUCAAAAAAUUCUACAAAUAUUCCAGCUGAACUCCCUUACAGGAGAAUUAUCAACUUUACAAGGGCUAGAUUAUGAAGAAUCUGGCUUGUAUGAAAUGGAAGUUCAGGCUCAGGAUGGUCCUGGUAGUCUGACAAGGACAAAAGUGCUGAUAACAAUUUUAGAUGUGAAUGACAACGCUCCGGAAGUGACUGUAACGUCUGUAAGCAGUUCAGUCCCUGAAGACACACCUCCUGGGACAGUAAUUGCUCUUUUUUAUGUUCAAGACAGAGAUUCCGGGAAGAAUGGUGAGGUGGUCUGCACCAUUCCAGACGAUCUGCCUUUUAAAUUAGAAAGAUCAAUAGACAAUUAUUAUAGAUUGACGACAGCGGAAAAUCUGGACCGGGAAAGACUCUCUGUAUAUAACAUAACAAUAAAAGCCAUAGACUGUGGAAACCCUCCCCUGUUUACAGAAACUCACAUCUGUAUACAUGUGGCAGACACCAAUGACAACCCGCCUGCCUUCGCUCACACGUCCUACUCAGUCUUCAUCCCUGAGAACAACCCCAAAGGAGCCUCCAUCUUCUCAGUGACUGCCCAUGACCCGGAUAGUGACCACAACGCCCAGGUUAUUUACUCCUUGGUGGAAGACACCCUACAGGGGGCGCCCAUGUCUUCCUAUGUCUCUGUCAACUCUGACAAUGGAGUCCUGUAUGCUCUGCGAUCCUUCGACUAUGAGCAGUUUCAAAACUUGCAAUUUAUAGUGACUGCACGUGAUAGUGGUGACCCACCACUCAGCAACAACGUGUCGAUAAACCUGUUCGUUCUGGACAAGAAUGACAAUGUGCCCGAGAUCCUGUACCCCACGCUCCCUACCGACGGUUCCACAGGCAUGGAGUUAGCUCCCCGCUCUGCAGAGCCCGGCUACCUGGUGACCAAGGUAGUGGCGGUGGAUCGCGACUCAGGACAGAAUGCCUGGCUAUCCUACCGCCUACUCAAGGCCAGCGAGCCGGGACUUUUCGUGGUGGGGGUACACACUGGCGAAGUGAGAACGGCGCGAGCCCUGCAAGACAGAGACGCUAUCAAGCAGAGCUUGGUAGUAGCUGUCCAGGACCACGGCCAGCCCAUUCUUUCUUCUACUGUCACGCUCACCGUGGCCGUGGCCGACAGCAUCCCUGACGUCCUAGCCGAUCUGAGUGAAUUAACAUUUCCCACUGACUCAGAUGACUCUGGCCUCACGCUGUACCUGGUCGUGGCUGUAGCCGCGGUCUCCUGUUUGUUCCUCACCUUUGUCAUGGUGCUGCUGGCACUCAGGCUGAGGCGCUGGCAUAUGAAACGUCUGUUCCAGGCUUCAGGUAGUGGGCUGGUGGAUGCGUCCGCUUCGCACUUUGUGGGUGUGGACGGCGUGCGAGCUUUCCUGCAGACCUAUUCCCACGAGGUCUCACUCACUGCCGACUCUCGAACAAGUCACCUAAUCUUCCCCCAGCCCAACUAUGCAGAUACACUUAUCAGCCAGGAGAGCUGUGAGAAAAAUGAUCCUUUGUUAACAUCCAUAGAUUUUCAUGACUGUAAGGUUGAAGCACCAAAUACGCAGACUCGCUAG